AUGAGAAUCCUCAAUAUGAAGGGCACUGAAAGUGUCUUGUCUUUGUUAUUCCAGGCUCUUUCCUCUCUAACCUUUUUGGAAACAUUGGACUUGGCUCACAAUGAGCUCUGUGUCUUUCUUCCAGAUUUCUCUGAAGGCUUGACCUUUCUUAAAGAUCUCAGAAUUCCCCACAAUGUUCUGAAACAUCUCAACACCUACUCCUUAGAGGAACUCGAAAGUCUUGAGAGGUUAGAUCUCAGUCACAAUCACAUCCAGGUUAUAGAAAUUGGAGCAUUUUAUGGGCUUACAAUGCUAAGGCACCUGAAUCUGGCAUGGAAUCAGUUGACGGUACUCCAAGGAGGACUGCUCACCAUACAACAGGGACUCUAAGUUCUUUUUUUUAUGGGUCACAACAAUAUCUCCAGGAUUGAAACAGAAGCUCUGGCCCCCCUACAGACACUCACCAUUCCGAGCUUAGAAGCCAACCAGUUGAAGAGCCUCAAGUUUAAGACAUUCUUAAACCUUCAGACACCCAGCACGCAUCUGCAACUGUCAGAGAAUCCCUGGACGUGUGACUGUGAGCUACAUUGUGUCUUCAGUAAGAUACUGCACGUCAGGUAUCUCCAUGUAGAUGAUUACUGGAACAUCAUGUGUCAUGCACCUCAUUUACUUGCUGGGGCAUCUCUUGGGUUUGAUGGAGAGUAAGCUAUGUAUAGUAGAAAUAGCCACUUUCGCAAUACCACAAAAGGUCUUCAGUUUCCUGAUAUUAGAAAGAAUGAUUAAAAUUCACAUAUACGUAUAUUCAUCUGUGCAUUUGCAGAUUUACUUAUGAACGUGGGGUCUAUUUGUAAUUCAAAUCAAUUCUACAUCUCAGCUUCCUUUACCCUGUACGCAUUGCUUUAAGUGGAAUGAAAUCAGUGCCAAUACAUCUACCCUGAGUUUCUUCAUCUGGACGCCAGUAUCACCAUCACAGAAGCCUCCAGUAUGCAAGAGUUGCUGCCAGUACUGUAAUGUUAGUGAGCAGCAGUUAGUGAGACUGGAGAAAUUCACUUCCAGCACCUGUACGAUCAGCACUGACUGCACUGCCAAGGACCCCUCUGUCAAGCUCUUGAAGUUUGCAGAUGACACUACUGUCAUCGGCCUCAUCCAGGAUGACGAUGAAUCUGCAUACAAAAGGGAGUUUGAACAGCUCAACAGCUUUGUCUGGUGUAGUCAAAACAACCUGGAGCUGAACAUGCUCAAAACAGUGGAGAUGAUAGUGGACUUUAGGAGGAACACCCCAACAUUGACCCCGCUCACCAUUCUGAACAGCAGUGUGGCAGCAGUGGAGUCAUUCAGGUUCCUGGGCACUACCAUCUCACAGGACUUGAAGUGGGAGACCCACAAUGACUCCAUUGUGAAAAAGGCCCAACAUAGGUUGUACUUUCUUCGCCAGUUGAUGAAGUUCAACCUGCCACAGAUGCUGCUGAAAUAGUUCUACUCAGCAGUCAUCGAGUCUGUCCUCUGCACUUCAAUAACUGUCUGGUUUGGUUCAGCUACGAAAUCGGACAUCAGAAGACUACAAAGAACAGUUUGGACUGCCGAGAGCAUUAUUGGUUCCCCCCUGCCCUCCCUUCAAGAACUGUUCACUUGCAGAGUGAGGAAAAGGGCUGGAAAAAAUCACUCUGGACCCCAAUACCUCUUUGAACUGUUGCCUUCUGGACGGCGCUACAGAGCACUGAGCACCAGAACCGUCAGGCACAGUAACAGUUUUUUCCCUCAGGCUAUCCAUCUCAUGAUCAGAUAAAA